UUGAUUUUAUUAUUGUUGCAGUUGAUAGUGACUACUUUUAUGGCUCAUCAUUACGUACAGAAAAGAAUAAGAAAUGUUACAGUGAAUUACAUGAAGUUUUCUGUAAAAUAAAGUGCGGCGUCAAGUCGAGUUUAUGUGUUAAAACCCAAUGUUACUGUGUAUAUUAUGUACAGAAUAUGAACACAAUUGAUGGUUCUCAAGUGAUCUACUUAGCAAAGCCUAACGGACCCUUAAAAAAGAUAACUCUACCUCAUGACUUUGACGAUGCUAGAGAUAAAGUUGAUACAGAUAUUGAAUAUUUAGAUAAAUCAAAUAUAAAAGAUCCAAUGAUGUUUUCCUUACGUCCAUCUCUACGUCACCAUAUUGCACAUUUCUGUCCCAAUUUAGAAGUAGCGAGACAAUGUAUAAGAAAAUGUAUGAAGGAAGGAAAACCAGCGUUUUGUGGUAAGGAUCACGUGUGCUAUUGUGGUCACAAGUACUCGAGUACAGAUACGAAUCCAGGUGUAAAUGUAGAAGAAAUGUAUGGACAGUUCAAUGACCUGUAUCAAAAAUAUUUCGGAACAUCAAACAAUGAACAGGACAAAGAUGAAUAAUAUUGACGUUUCAAUUGUUUCAUAUUUCUGUAGAAUUAAGCAACAAUAUUUUUAGUAAAGGACUGUCAGCUAAUUCAAUUUUUACUACAAUAAUUAAUAAA